AUGGCCUCUUCCAAGCCCGCCUAUAAAGUCGCUGAUAUCGGUCUUGCCGAUUUUGGACGUAAGGAGAUAAUCAUUGCUGAGAAUGAAAUGCCUGGAUUGAUGGCCAUGCGUAAGAAGUACGGUCCAUCAAAGCCAUUAAAGGGUGCCCGUAUCGCUGGGUGCCUUCACAUGACUAUUCAGACAGCGGUCCUUAUCGAGACCUUAGUCGAACUUGGAGCUGAGGUACAAUGGUCGUCAUGCAACAUUUUCUCCACACAAGAUCACGCAGCUGCAGCUAUCGCAGCUGCUGGUGUUCCAGUUUUCGCCUGGAAGGGUGAGACCGAUGAAGAGUACGAGUGGUGCAUUGAGCAGACACUCGUCUUCAAGGACGGCAAGCCCCUCAACAUGAUCCUUGAUGAUGGAGGUGAUCUCACUAACCUCGUUCAUCAAAAAUACCCCCAGUACCUUGAAGGUAUUCGUGGUCUUUCCGAGGAAACCACCACUGGUGUUCACAAUCUCGCCAAGAUGCUCGAAAAGGGAAAACUAAAGGUCCCAGCAAUCAAUGUUAACGACUCCGUCACGAAGUCCAAAUUCGAUAACCUCUACGGAAUCCGUGAGUCGCUACCCGAUGGUAUCAAGCGUGCCACUGAUGUUAUGCUUGCUGGAAAGGUAUCUGUCGUCUGCGGAUACGGUGAUGUUGGAAAGGGAUCAGCCGCGUCACUGAGAGCUUUUGGUUCGCAUGUCAUUGUCACUGAAAUCGACCCCAUCAACGCUCUUCAGGCCGCUAUGGAGGGUUACGAGGUAACUACUUUGGACGAAGCCGCUCCGAGGGCCAAUAUCGUGGUCACCACAACUGGCUGCAAGGACAUCGUCCUUGGCCGACACAUGGAAUUGCUGCCUAACGACGCUAUCGUAUGCAACGUUGGACAUUUUGACUGCGAAAUCGAUGUUAAAUGGUUGAACGAGAACGCCGUCAAGAAGGAGGUUGUCAAGCCCCAGGUUGAUCGUUAUCUCAUGAAGAACGGACGUCACAUUAUCCUGCUCGCCGAGGGCCGUCUUGUGAACUUGGGCUGUGCCACAGGACAUCCCUCAUUCGUUAUGUCGAACUCUUUCACGAACCAAGUAUUGGCCCAAAUUGAACUUUUCACCAAAUACGGCACUCCUGAACAGUACAAGAUCGGUCUAUACGUGCUGCCCAAGAAACUCGACGAGGAAGUCGCCCGAUUGCAUUUGGCCCAACUCGGUGUGAAGCUUACCAAGCUUACCAAAGAGCAAGCAGAAUACCUUGGAGUACCAAUUGAUGGCCCUUACAAGCCUGAUCACUAUAGGUAUUGA